AUGGUUUUAUUUGGUCAAUAUGGACCGAGUUUUCAUAAGAAUCAUUUGCAUCGCAACAAAUGCGAUGAAAAAAAGCACCCCGUAGAAAUAUCUACCAAUGAUAAUGGUGGCCCUAAUAUAGAAAGUAACUUAUCCGAAGAACAUGAUGAAGUCAUUAAAAAAUUAGAAGCUAAUAAUGAACCUUCAAAUGACGUUACAAUACCUGAAGUGUCUACUGAUAGAGUAAAAGAAACACUAGAAGAGAAAAUAACUCAUUUAGAACCCGCAAAAUAUGAAGUACAUAAGCAACUCCUAGAGAUAUCCUCUUCUGAAAGUUCAGAUUUAAAAAGAAAGUCAUCCGAUAAAGAUGAGAAAAUUAUAAAAAAGGCAAAAAUUAGUUCUGAACUUUUGCAUGCCACAACGUCAAAUGACGUUACAUUACCAAAAGUGUCUACUGAUAAAGUAAAAGAAACUGCAGAAGAAAAAAUAACUCAUUUAGAACCCACAAAAUGUGGAGCAAAAGAACAACUACAAGAGUUAUCCUCUUCUGAAAACCCAAAUUUAAAGAGAAAAUCAUCCGAAAAAGAUGAGAAAAUCAUAAAAAAGUUUAAAGUUAGUUCUGAGGUUUCGCCUUCAAAUAUGAAUGACGUGUUGCCUGCCGUGUCCGUUGUCAAAAUUGAUGAAAUACCAAAGAAAGAAAUAGAAGUGACGCAUGAUCCGAACACAAAUGAACUAGAUCAGUAUAACGCGCCUUCGUUUAAGUCCCCUAAAUCUUGGUACACUUCGGACACAAUUAAUGAUUAUCUCAAAUUGAUAGUGAAAAGAUCCAAUGGCGAAGUUCAUGCUGUCGUUACCGACUUCAUACCAGCAUAUCUUCGAGGAGGUUAUCCAGCUGUCAGAAGAUGGAUAAAAAAAGAUAUCCAUACAUUAAAGUUUCUUUUUGUGCCAAUGAAUGUACUUGGCGGACAUUGGAUAUUGACUGUGGUAAACGUACCCGAAAGAACUGUGACGACAUAUGACAGUCUUAAGUGUUAUGAUGGUCCUUAUCCUAUGGUACUGAAGGAGUAUCUAACUGACUGGGAGAUGGAUAAAAAAGGAGCAGCUUCGUCGUGGACUUUAAAAAUCGGUGAGACGACUCGUCAAACCAAUGGGCAUGACUGUGGUCCAUUUACGGUCGAGCUAGCCGAAAAAAUGGCUCGUGGAGACACAACUCCUAUUAAUGCGAGUCUUAUGCCUUCUGUAAGACUAAGACACAGAGAAGAAAUUAUAGGCGGCCAACUAUUUCAAUAA